AUUGUGUACGUAUCACCCGUGAUGGUGUGUUUUGUGUUUUAAUUGUUACAUGCUAGUUUUUUAAAUAAUGUGAUGUAUCAUGUCCUAUCAGUUAUGAAAACUCAAUUAAAUAUUGUUUUAUUAUCGUGCACGUGAUCGAAUUGAGAUCCUUAAUUCACAGCAAAAUGUCUUCCAAAAGUGAGCUGAAAAAGCUAUCGGAGGAAAGUCUGACCAGGCAGCCCGAAGAAGUUUUUGACAUAAUCUGCAAAUUAGGAGAAGGAUCUUAUGGAUCGGUUUACAAAGCUCUUCAUAAAGAAUCCGGACAGGUAUUGGCCAUCAAACAGGUGCCUGUAGACACAGAUCUGCAGGAAAUAAUUAAAGAAAUUUCAAUAAUGCAACAAUGUGAUAGUCCUUAUGUUGUCAAAUAUUAUGGAAGUUACUUCAAAAAUACGGAUCUGUGGAUUGUUAUGGAAUACUGUGGUGCAGGAUCUGUGUCAGAUAUAAUGAGAUUACGUAAGAAAACUCUUACAGAGGAAGAAAUAGCAACGAUUUUAUGUGAUACGUUAAAAGGUCUUGAAUAUUUACAUCUACGCAGGAAAAUUCAUAGAGACAUCAAAGCUGGAAAUAUACUCUUGAAUUCAGAAGGUCAUGCUAAACUGGCGGACUUUGGUGUUGCUGGUCAGUUGACGGAUACGAUGGCAAAACGAAACACUGUGAUAGGAACUCCUUUCUGGAUGGCGCCGGAAGUUAUUCAAGAAAUCGGUUAUGACUGUGUGGCAGACAUUUGGAGCUUAGGCAUCACUGCUUUAGAGAUGGCAGAAGGAAAACCGCCAUAUGGAGAUAUUCAUCCCAUGAGAGCAAUUUUUAUGAUACCUACGAAACCACCACCGUCUUUCAGAGAACCUGACCAAUGGACUCCUGAAUUCAUAGACUUUGUCAGUUUGUGCCUUGUGAAGAACCCGGAAGAACGAGCGACCGCUACGGAUCUGCUGCAGCAUGAAUUCAUAGGUAUAAAUGCCAAGCAACCAAAUAUACUUGGGCAAAUGAUUGCAGAAGCUCAUGAAAUUAGAGAAAAUCAAAGUAAUAGGCAUAUUGCUUUAAAUGCUGUUAAGCAGAAUCAUACCAAUGAAUCUGAUGAAGAUGAAGGCCAUGUAAACAAUAAGACAAUGAAACAAUAUUCAGAUAGCACGUUGGUCCCAGAUAAAGACAAUGCAGAUGGAACCAUGAUUGCUCAUCCAGAUUCAGGAACCCUUUUGCCAACUUCACAAACUGGAACAAUGUUAGAAUUAUCUUCAAAUUUAGGAACAAUGGUUAUUAAUAGUGAUUCAGAUGAAACUAUGAAGAGGCAUGAUACAGCACCAGGAGACCAUGGAAAGAAGUACAGGCCCUUAUUCCUCGAUCAUUUUGAUAAGAAGGAAGCUGAAAAUAAUAUAAAAGGCAAUGGGCUUUUGCCUCAACCAAACAAUAAAAUACCUACAUUAGAUCUCAACCAUACACAAUCACAAGAUAAAAGAAUACAAGAAAAUCAUAAUAACCAACAACAAAGCCCGCAGACGCCUACCGCCCAGCAACAAAUUAUCCAACAAACAGCAGUUAAUGCUGAUGAUAGACAAAGAUUUCAAUCUCAACUUCAAUUACAAUUAAAUCAAAUUUCUCAAGUCGGAUCACCUCAAGUAGCUCAUUCUCAACAACAACAACAAGCUGCUGAUCAUAACAUGCAGAGGCAUCAUGAUAAUCAAGCCAAGUUCCAAAGAGCAUUUGCUGAUGGUGAUUUUGAAUUUUUGAAGUUUCUUAGUUAUGAUGAGUUACAACAGAGGAUGUCGAGUCUUGAUUCGGAAAUGGAGAGAGAAAUUGAUGAUUUGCGUCGAAGAUAUCAAAAUAAGAGGCAGCCGAUAUUGGAUGCCAUGGACACGAAAAGGAAGAGGCAACAAAACUUCUAAUCACCCUAAAACUAUAUCCAAAAAUACAAUUAUUAUUGAA